AAAAAAAGUAGCGGACAAGUUCGCCUACAAUAGCAUUCCUUGGUCGGGCCCGCCCGCGACCCGCCCCGCGCCGCGGCCCCCGCGCCCCUCGCCCCGCCCGGCGCCAGUCCGCGACCGAGCGCGACCGCGUGCGUACCGCGCUACACAUCAACAACAUUGUAAUGUGCUUACAAAAGAAUCAGCUCAACAUAUGUACUAAAAUCAUAAAACGGUUAACUAUCAAAAACCCUUUCUAAAAAUGUAAAGGUAAUUUAGAAUCGCCACCCAAUUAAACUACUUUAUUACAUUACAACUCCAAAAGUUAAUCUCAAGUUGUGUAUUUUAGGAAUUUUAAUCAAAAAACCGGUAAAUCUGUGUUGUGAAUAGCUGUGUGCAUCUCUAACACGGUUGUUCCAUAUCCAGUUGUUAUUGAUUUUUGGCGUCACUAGCCCCGAACAGCUGUUUUGGGGUACGGAAGCGAAUUGUCUGUGGUAGCUGCACUUUUUCUCAAAAACACCUCUAAAUUGAAUAUUAUGAGUGUUUUAUUUUAUUUAUUAAAUUUCAAUGAAGAUUAGUUCCGUACAGUAAAAUUGAACUGAAAUUUUCGAUCAUGAUGUGCAACUGUGCAUGUGCAUGAUGGAUUUAGUGAAAUAAAAAAUUCAAAAUACAUUUUGACAAUCGUGGCUGUGUUGUGUUUACAGUUGAUGUGAUAACAUUGAAUAAAAAAAAAACAAAUUAAAAAAAUUGAGUGUCAACAAGUGCUAACAGCGUGUGCAAGUGUUUUUGAAUGGUUUUUGAUCAAAAUUCAGUGUAAAACAGUGUUUACCGAUUUGGAUUUCAAACGUGGAUGUGGAUUGUGCCCUUACAACAAGGUGGUGAGGUGUAUCGCACGGAGCUAUGCUGGGCGGGGCGGCGGGGGGCGCCCGCACCCGCCCGCCCUCUGACCUACAGCCAGGUGUACCCCGGUUUCCGCUGUACUCGCUGUUUCCGCAGGGCAACCGACCCACGCUGCACAAAGUGACCACGGAGAGUCUGUUCUCGACAUCGCUGUCUACAUUCGGCGUGCCCACGCCCCCUCCAAAUUCCCCCCUACUGGAAUUGAACCCGAGGUUAUUGCUGGACAAGGAUCCGAAUAAAAUGGAAGAUAGCAAGCUCGGGAAAUGUAUUCCUGACAACCUCUGCUGUCCUGGUGAUCAACGUCAACUGUUAGAAGGAAUAAACGUCAUGCAGCCUUUGACUAUAAAGACGGAACAGGCGAAACGGGCCUGUAAUACGUGCCUCACUAAUUCUCCUAAAAAGAUCGUCCACGCAGACGGCGGCUGCAGCCGCACCAACCCGGUAACCUGGCUGGGCGUGGCCGGACAGAACGUGCAGGUCCAAGUGAAGCGCGAACCUCAACACAUGCUGUCUGAACUGGUUGCUGUCAAGUUGGAGCAGGCUUCGCCUGGUACCAAGCCGGAGCCAGCUAUACCUGCAUCACUUAAUAAUGGUUCGAUUCCCGUCGGCAUCGCGGUGGCGCGGCAGCGAGUCGGCGACGCAGGCCUCCUAGCUGCUCUUUCACAAAAAGACUCACAGCAUCGCAUGCACGACCUCGGGCCUGCGUCAUUCUGUCAUCCGGACGGCGCGGCGGCCAUGACGGUGCUCUGCGACGACCGGUCCGCCCCGCUGGCGUGGCCGGCCCCGCCCGCGCCGCCGUCCGCGCCCCUCUGGCAGUACCCCGCCCAAAUGUCGAUGGAGAGCAUGGUGAUGGGCGGCGUGGGCGUGGGCGGCGUGGGCUCCGUGGGCGGCGGCGUCUCCUCCAUGGGCGGCUUCCAGCUCGUGCGCGACCCUGCGUCCGGGGCCCUCUUACUCCUACCCGCCCCAACAGACCUACCACACACCGUCGUCUGGGGCGGCAUGCCUUACCCUUCCACCCCCUUGUUACUUCCUCCAGCUCCUCAUCCUUCACAUCACCUACAGCUACUGUCUGGUGACCUCCUUGCUUCCACAGCCACCUUACAACACACACAUACGCAUUCGACAAGGCUGGUGACAUUAGCACCAGCCCCAGCUCAACAUAAGCCAGACAACAGGAAACCUAUCAUGCAACCUCUUAUAACUCCUCACGCUUUAAUAAAGAUAGAAGCCGAACCGCAGGAAAAACCGCCACCAACUUUCGCUCCGGAACCCGUGCCACAACCGAUGUUAGCAACGCAUUUGUAUUACCAGCCGGAUUUCACUGAACAGGCUUGCAGAAGCCAAGCUACGUCGCCGGCCGCACCGCCUACACCGCCUCCUGAUCACCAUGAGGCUCCAGCACAUAAAGACGCGUCUAAUCAAACGGAUCAUAUUGAUGAUGAUGAUGAUUCUCCUAAUCAUGCUGAUGAGGAUGAAAGAGACGUCGCUUGUGUCGGUGUCGCUCAUUUCCCUGAAGAAACACCGUUACACAUGCCAAUGCUUCAGCCUUCAAGGAUAGACAGCGCUGAGGAAUCAUCCUCUGAAGCCUUAGCAACUUCUGCUGUAGUUGGAGCGGUAGAGAAAGCGAUACAUGCUAUCGAAAGAGACGAAGCGUUAGAAAAUAGCUCCAGCAGCAGCACUUCUAACGAUUUAGUAAUCGAUACGGCCAGUACAUCGCCCAUUCCACCACAACCGGCAAGGUCCGUGGUAGAUGUCAGCGGCUUAGAGCUACUGUCGAAUAGCAUCGAACAGUUUGAGAGAACUACUCCUGCAAGCAUGCCGAGUUUAGACCCAGCACCUCUGACUGUUGAUACUAGAACUACAACAAAUAUUAUGAUUAAAUCAAGCCCUAAAUCGCCUCCGCGUACAGAUGCGGAACCUCAAAGAAGAUUUGAGUUUCCUCCGGCGGAAGCGAGCACAAGCGAGCGUGCGAAGCCAUCGUUAGACGGACUGGGUCUGCUGUGUGCUCUCGCUGAACAAAGAUUCAUGGAGGAGGUCGAGAGCCCUCCCACUAAUCGUUCCACGUCUUCCCGUCCAUUCAUCAAAAGCGAGAUCCUGAGCCCAACGGAACCUCAUGUACCGACCGAGUCCAAGAAAGACCGGAGCCGAAGGGACUCGUCAGCGGAACGGCGGAGGAAACGAAGCCGCGAUCGCGAGGAGCGACAUCGCCAUAAGACAGACAAGAUGCGUCGCUAUAAGAGAGAGAAAGAUGAAACCAAAAAUAAUGGAGGAGAGUUAGAAGCGAGUUUAAGACGCGUUACGGCCUGUCCAUGUGGCAGCUCGCCCUGUUCGCACACAGCGGCCGCCGUACCUUCAGCGCACGCUCUUGUCAAUGCCAUGGAAAAAGACCUGCGCGAAAGGUUACAUGAGCUUCAACGCCAAUGUGACGAGAAGCGAGCCCAACUCAGCGCUAUGACACCGCCCUUACCCGCCCUACCCGCUUUAUCCGACCCUCCUACUCCUUCCACGCCUUCACCCCUGGGAGCUCCAUCCCCAGACUCUGACAGAGGUUCAUCUAAAAAGCGCAAAGUCGGCCGCCCCCGUAAAGUAUCAAGCCCAGACUCCACCGAAACCAUUGUUGCCAAAAAACCCAAGUCUAAGAGCAGUCUAGUCGGCUACUUACUAGCCAAAGGCAAGCUGAAAGGCGGCAUAGUGUGUUCUAGAGGAGAACCUUCCAGGGAGGAAAGCCGGACAAGCAAGGUCCGUCCGAAGUUGAAAGCGGAACCGAUUUUGAAGGUAUACUCCGAAGAGGAAGAAACCGAAUGGGGUCUGAAUAGAUCAGCAAGCUCAUCCAUGGAGAGCCUAAACGAAGUUCGACAGAAAAAUAGAGAAAAGGUUGAUAGAUUAGUGCGGAAGCAUUCAAGAGACGAUAUGCCUGAGUUGGAAUUUGCUAUGCGUCGCGCAAGUGCUUCCAGUGAUAGUGAAAAAGAGCGUCGACGUGCAAAGAAGCGACGAAAGAGUUUGAAGUCUAAAGAGCGUGAGGAAGCUAAGGAACCAGGUACUGAAUCCAAACCCGCUCCUGUAUCAAAGUGUACGCUAACAGAAGAUAAGUUGGACAGUAAUCCGCGUGUGCUCACGGCUAUGGGAGGGCUGUUCUAUGCGGGGAAACUGAGCGCUGUGACGGCCCCUGAUGUAUACGCCAUUACCCUCGAUGGCGAGAGGGGGAACAAACCGCAUAUACUGUCUAGGGAGGAGACGCUACGAGAUGCUAUCCUGGAAGUAUCUCCAUCAUCAGUCUCCGAGCUGGCGUCCGGCACACGAGUGUGCGCCUACUGGUCCCAGCAAUACCGGUGCUUAUACCCUGGCACUGUCGCCAUGUCGUCUCCAGACCCUCACCUGGACAAGUUCGUGGCUGUUGAGUUCGAUGAUGGAGAUUCUGGACGUAUUGCUAUUGAAGAUAUAAGGUUUUUGGAGCCUAACUAUCCAGUUGUUGUAUACGAAAACCCACUAUUCACGCUCGGGAAGCGAAGAAGAAAUACCAGCGUAAAUAGCACCGAAGAUAAGAAACCUCCCACCACCAGCACAGAAAAACCUGCAGAACCCACACAACAGGAAGAGGAAGACAGGAGGGACAGGAAGAAACUGAAGAAACACAGGAAAGAGAAACUCAAACGCCUGUCAGUAGACGAUCCGACCGCAGAUUACGUCAAAAAGAAGAAAAAGAAACACAAGUGCUGCGAAGAACAUUGCAAACAUCGAAGGCACCAUAAGAAACACAGAAAACACAGAAAACGACAUCAUUCUGAUAGUAAAGAGAGUUCAUCUGGUGACGAUCAGAAUAAGAAAUCAUCAUCAGAUUAUUCCAAAUCUAAUGAAGAUUCGGGGGAUUCUAACGAUAGAUUGUCCACUUUAAUAGCAAUGGAGAAAUCACCGGAUGAUAAGAUGAAGACGGUGAUCAAGAAAGCGGUGUUGACGAAGAAUCCUCUAGUGAAGACGGCGGUGCUGGACUUCAGUAAUCUGGGGAAGGUGGUGGUCAAGAAAGACGAGAAGGAUAAUUUGAAGGACAGCGGGAUUGGAUUGGAGGAGGAGCCGACGCCUUCCACUAGCGAUGUUGCUAAGAAGAAGAGCAAGAAGCGCACGGUGUCGUGCGGCUCGGAGGCGGGCGGUGGUGUGGGAGUGGGAGUGGGAGGGGUAGCGGGUGGCGGGGCGGGAGUGAGCAAGAUGGCCGCGUUCCUGCCCGGCGCCGCGCUGUGGCGCUGGCAGGGCGCGCCCUACCGCCGCACCGCCCGGCCGAGGCACAGGAAGCUGUUCUACCGGGCCAUCGCCCGAGGGGAGGAGAUACUCCACGUCGGCGAAGCGGCAGUGUUCCUGUCAACGGGCAGACCUGAUCGUCCAUACAUUGGGCGAAUUGAGGCGCUCUGGGAAGCCCGAGGAGCUAUGGCCGUGCGAGUGCGAUGGUUCUACCAUCCCGAGGAGACUACGGGCUGCCAACCAUUACACUACCCGGGAGGCCUGUUCGAGUCCCCGCACACGGACGAGAACGACGUCCAGACCAUCUCGCACAAGUGCGAGGUGCUCCCCCUCGCGCAGUACAAGGCUCGCAUGGGCGACGACCCGGGGCGCUACUCCAGCGUGUACGACAACAACGAUGUGUAUUAUCUGGCUGGACAUUAUGAUCCGACGCAGCAGACGUUGAAUAUGGAAGCAGAUAUACCAUUUAAAAGUGCUUAGACCGAUUUAGAGUCAAAUAUCGAGAGAUAUUGAUAGUAAAAUGGCUCAGAUUUGAGGGUGCGUUAAAAACUAGGCGAUUCAAAUUAAGUCGCUUAUCUCAUAAUACCGCUCAACUCGUGCAAUUUUAAAUUGUAUGAAAAUAAAUAUUAAACAUUAAAUCAUUUUACGGUUUAGACUCACUUGUUUAAGUCACUCGCGCGACAUGUUUCGGAGAGCCUAGGUCUCCUUUCUCAAGCACUAAUAGUGCGAGCAGCGUUCACGACGACCGUGUAUUGCGUACAAUAAAUAUUUUUACUAAGCCUAAGUCAAAAAUCAUGAGAAACAUUACAAGACUCACAGGCGAAUCAUGUCAAAAUGAUCUGAAAGUGAUAUUUGGAGACGGUAGCGUAUACGUAUAUAUUUUAUAACGACGUCCACACCAUCUCGCACAAGUGCGAGAUCCUUCCCCUCGCGUAGUACAAGUCUCGCAUCUCGCACUGGCGACGGGACGAUUAUCACGUCGACGACGAGGUUGGAGUGUUAACAAUGAAAAAUAAUUGCAGAGCGGAGAGUGGUUUUUGAAAACAUUAUGAAUUUAUGACAUAAUGUCUACUCUUUAUUUAAAUAUUUUUCAAACUCGAAGGGUAGGAUGACAGGUGUCAUCUCUAUUAUAAUUUAUAACAUAGCUAAUCCAUACCUAUUAUACUCGAGCGGUGUUUUUAGAUAACCGACGAUUGAUUGUAGAAGUAGCCUAAAUGCUGCGAGUCUAGUCUUUUGACAAACCAACGUAUUUGACCUUGAGCGUAACAUCUAUUCUGAACGAAUAGGAAAGCGUUUAAUACCAGUUCGUUGACCUUUCGAUUCGUUCGCGCUAUUUGGGCGUCAAGAACAUUUGACAACUCCUAAGCGGCGAUGUUCUCCUAGUACCGAUGCCAACUGUAUAACGGUUCAAAACCAGUGAACGAGGUCAAACGGAAACAAUGAAACUCUUUGGCGACUCUGUUGCCUUGGUAAUGGUUUUAACAAAAAUGAUGGCGAAAGUAAAAAAAAAGUGCGAUGGCACAAUCUUGAUCAGUGAUCAUUUUAUUUUAAUUAAACGGGACUAUUGAAUGGUGAAUUAUGAUUUUAGUUUCUAUUUCUUGCGUCUAUUGUCUUAUUGCUAGCAAAAUGCAUUAGGACUGAAAUGACUUGUUAUGGUGAUAUUAAAAUUACACCCGUUUAAUUGAAAUAAACUGUGAAAAUUUUACAAUUUUAAUUAAUAUAUAAUCAUGAUCAGUGUUUAGAUUUAAUUUCUCCGACGUCACGUUUGUGUUAGCGGUGGUAGUUUUUAAAAUGGAAGUACACAUUUUGUCUGUCUCGAUGUUAGUCAGUUUCAGUAGAUCCCCAGUGAAACUCCUGAAACGUUGCACGUAGCUUGAAUGACUAAACAAGUCACUUAUACAGGUCUUAAAGUACAAUUUAGAUUUUUGAGGCUCAAAUUGUGACAUUUUUUCAGAUUUACCGUCCUCUUUGGAGACGAUCUAUAUAAAGUACGACUCAUGUUAGUUACCCUUGUUACGUUUAUAAUAGUGGUUUUCAAUUCGGAAUGUUUUCCUUGGGCCGAGGGUGAGAGGCGAAUUGAGACAAUAUAGACUUUUUGACGAGUGUUAUAAGGUCGAAAUUGGAGUGACCGAUAUGGUGAUGACGAUAUGUGAUUUAUUUUUUAUACGUGUAACGCUGUAAUCUCAGUGUUUAGGUAGUUGUAUACGCUAUUAGAUUUUACGUAUUUCUCUCCCGGCGUGUAUCUUUUUAAAUGCAAUACUUUUUCAACUAGUCCUUUGUUCAAAAUUAACCAGUGUCUAUUUAGUCGCGGUGGGAGGUACUUUGAUUCUUUGUUAUAUUGUUUUUCGCUAUUUUAUAUUCUUGUUUAAUAAUUUUAUGUUAUCGAAGUAUACAUUUAUAUCUGAAUGGUGCUAGACGCUUGAUAUAAUUCGGUUAUGUUCGCGGUAGUUAAGACUGUAUAUACUUAAGUAUAAGUUUGGAACUUAAGUAUACUGUAUUUUCCACAAUUUCAUGAUUGUCGGCUUGCUAUAAAAUUUGCCAUUUUUGUCAAAAUUGACUUUCUAUGUUUUUAUGUAUUUGUAGUAUUUAUGGUAUGAUUUCCACAGGGUAAGCCCUUCUUUGUACCCUUUUAUCAUAUCGAGGACGGUUGAAGGGACCGAGACGGGGAGUAUGGAUCGACCAGGAUAGGUAGGUAGUUUUUGUACGGAGAUGCCAAACGUUUGUAAGAAAAUGUGGGAAAGGAAUCAGCCUUAAAUGUAAAGUUACUCACUCGGUAGGAUCGUAGUUUAUUGUCCUCUAGUUACGGCAUAGCGCCUGUACGAUAUGCUUUUCGUUGUCAGAUGUACUUUUAUUUCUAAGUCUACUUUUAAGUUAUAUUAAGGAACUCGUUUCGUUAAUACUAUAUACAAAAUUAUAUAAAGCAUGCAACUCUAAAAUUUGACACGUGUAUGUAUAAUAAAGAAAUCGAAAAGUGCGAAUUUGGAAACAAUAUUGAGAUAAAUAGUAUUUUUAUAAUAUAAUGAGGUAACGUUUUAUUUUAUCUGAAGCAAAGCUAUCAUAAAAUAAGUACAAACUUGUUGAUGAAAUUGUGGCUCGGCCCAGUCACAGUUGAUAGUCACCCACACGCGGCGCGGGAGCUUCGCGGCCGGCGCGUGCUGGUCGCAGCCACGUUCCCAUUGGCUGAUGGGAGUGCCAUUGUAUUUCCAAUCUCCUGUUGGUCCAAUGCCAUGCUAUCCUAGUGCCGGCCGUGAACUUCACCGAUAUCCCUAAUUAACUAUUGUAUUCAAAGGGAAGCCAUAAAUAUUACAAUUAAAGAUUAAUAAUAUAUCAGCAUUGAUAAUAUAAAGAUUAUAAAUACGCUUAAAUAAAAUAUUUUUGGCUGA